ACAUGUGCCACCUUCCCUUAUUGUUUGGCCAAGUGUGAAAAAGAGUUACUUAUGUUAGGAAAUCAUGAUUCAGAUGAGGAAUCUCUGAACUGAUAUGAACCAGUAUUUUCCAACUUAGUGAGACUAAUGCUACUUCUUACCAUUACUUGCCCCUGGACUGGAAAUAAAUGAAAGGGAGAAAAAAAUAGAUGAAAAGGUGAGCUUAUGGCUAACAGAAGCAUUCACAGCUGCAUCAGAUCCUAGAACUUGGUGCUGUGUCCUCUGUGAUUAAUACAAUGGUACAAUUUUUACUGGUUGAAUUCAUACCCUCCCAUAGGAGUGCUUCCAUCAAUUGCUGGUAGCACUUCCAAAAGGGUGGUUUUUUGGAUUUUCUGAUGAAGUGGAUCCUCUGGAGGUUGUGAUUUCUCCAUACUCCACUACCUAGGAGGGGUACCAAAUCAAUCUGAAAAGAGUGUAGUUCUUGUAUCUUGCCUAGCCCAACCUGGUUUUAUUACUUGCAGAACUUCAUGUUGGUUUUCAGCGUUUGAAAUGGCUGAAGGAGGGAGUGAAUGUAGGGUAAGGUUCGAGAUCCCAAUGGAAAGUGGGCCGGACAAUAACAUGAGGAUUGAGCAUAACCAAGAUGGGACUGAAGGCAGAAGUGAAAGCCUGAAACAUGAACCCCCUUUGUCAGUAAGGCCAACCUGCAUCAUCAUCUUGGGAAUGGCUGGAUCAGGCAAGACCACAUUUGUUCAACAUCUCACUGCUCAUCUUCAUGCAAAGAAAGAGCCCCCAUAUGUUGUCAACCUGGACCCUGCUUGUAAGGAGGUUCCAUAUCCAUGCAACAUAGAUAUUCGAGACACUGUGAAGUACAAGGAAGUGAUGAAGCAAUACUCCUUAGGACCCAAUGGAGCUAUUGUGACAUCCCUCAAUCUCUUUGCCACCAAAUUUGACCAAGUCCUCCACCUGAUUGAGAAGCGAUCAGAGGAGUGCAAACAUGUGAUUUUUGAUACACCUGGACAGAUUGAAGUGUUCACAUGGUCAGCAUCUGGAAGCAUCAUCACAGAAGCACUUGCUGCUGGUUUUCCAACUGUAGUUGUGUAUGUGAUGGACACGGUGAAAAGUGUGAAUCCUGUGACCUUCAUGUCCAAUAUGCUUUAUGCUUGCUCUAUACUUUACAAGACCAAGCUUCCCUUUGUGAUUGCCAUGAACAAGGUAUGUGCACCUAAGAUUGAGCUUUUAAAACUGCAGAACAUGGCAAAUGGGUUUGGAGUGUUUUUGUUUUACCUGUUUGCAGAAUGGCUGUCUUAUAGAAAUGGAACUGCUUUGCAUAAUCGAAACAAUGAAUAUCGACCUCAAUAUGAGCGGCUGAAGGCAUCAAGAGUUGAUGCAGAAGAGCGUCAUCAAGAAGAGCAGCAGAAGCAGUUUCUUGAGGACCACAAGGAAGAGAGAGCCCUGUGCAAGACGCAGAAACUAGUUUCUGAUGCAACUGAGAUGUAUCUCCGUCUUCCGGGGACUGAGGUGGAUGACGAUCUUGAGGCUGAAGAUGUUGAACUUGGCACCAAUGAUGUUGAAGAUGAAGAUGCCAAUGAACAUGAAAGCUUUAAGGAGUUCCUUGCUGUACGUAAGUCAAGGCAAGAAGCAAAGGCAGCCACCACACUCAAGGACUCAGGUGGAAGCUGAUAUCUUCUCUUCAUUGCAUUCUUUAAAAGUUUAUACAUGAAAUCUGAUAAUAAAAAUAGUAAAAAUUUUUAAA